AUGGCGGCCGAGCGUCCGGUCCUUGACCCGGGUGUCAGCCGCGCCGCCCGGCGCCCCAGUUCCCCCCGGGCGUGACCCCGACGCCGACCCCGCCCGGGCAGCGGCGGGAGGAUGGCACAAAAGAAAUAUCUCCAAUCAAAAUUGACCCAAUUUUUAAGGGAAGACAAAAUCCAACUUUGGAAGCCUCCAUAUACAGAUGAAAAUAAAGAAGUUGGCUUGGCAUUGAAGGACCUUGCUAAGAAGUACUCUAACAAGCUAGAAUGUUGUGAAAAUGAAGUAGAAAAGGUAAUGGAAGAAAUACGUUGCAAAGCGGUCGAGCGUGGCACAGGAAACGAGCACUACAGAACAACAGGAAUUGCCACCAUUGAAGUCUUUCUGCCUCCGCGGUUAAGAAAGGAUAGGAAAAACUUGUUGGAGACCCGCCUGCACAUCACUGGCAGAGAACUGAGGUCUAAAAUAGCAGAAACCUUUGGAUUUCAAGAAAACUACAUCAAAAUUGUCAUAAAUAAGAAACAACUUCAACUAGGGGAAACACUUAAGGAGCAGGGAGUGACCCACAAUGUGAAAGCUAUGGUUCUGGAACUAAAACAGUCUGAAGAAGACGUGAGAAAAACCUUCCAGGUUGAAGAAGAAAAGCAAAAUGAAGCCAAACUAGAAGAAAAAAGAAUUCAGAGGACUAAGAGAGGACUGGAGAUCCUUGCGGAGAGAGCUGAGAUGGUGGAUCCGGAAGCCACACCAUACUUAGACAUAGCUAACCAGACAGGCAGAUCAAUCAGAAUCCCUCCGUCAGAGAGAAAGGCCCUUAUGUUAGCUAUGGGAUAUCAUGAGAAGGGCAGAGCUUUCCUGAAAAGAAAAGAAUAUGGAAUAGCCUUGCCAUGUCUGUUGGAUGCUGACAAAUAUUUCUGUGAGUGCUGCAGAGAGCUGCUGGACACGGUGGACAACUACGCGGUGCUCCAGCUGGACAUAGUGUGGUGCUACUUCCGCCUGGGCCAGCUCGAGUGCCUGGACGAUGCCGAGAAGAAGCUGAAGCUGGCCCAGGAGUGCUUUAGAAAGUGUUACGGGGAAAAUCACCAGAGACUGCUCCACAUAAAAGGAAAUUGUGGAAAAGAGAAAGUCCUGUUUUUAAGACUUUACUUGCUUCAAGGCAUCCGAAAUUAUCACAGUGGAAAUGGUGAGGAGGCUUCUGAAUAUCUCAACAAGGCAUGUCAACUCUUGAAAGAGCUAUAUAUUGAUCCAUCCAAAGUUCACAAUCUGAUGCAGUUGGGAUUUAGUGCCCAGGAAGCUCGGCUUGGCCUGAGGGCGUGUGACGGGAACGUGGACCACGCGGCUGUCCACAUCACCAACCGCAGAGAGGAACUGGACCAAAUAAAGAAGGAGGAAAGAGAGAAGAAAAGACGCCGCCUGGAGAACAUUAACCAUCUGAAAGGAAUGGGCUACUCCAUGCGAGCAGCCAGGCAGGCACUCCAUCAGGCCAGCGGGAACCUGGAGGAGGCCCUGAAGAUUCUUCUCCAUAAUCCUCAGAUGUGGUGGUUAAAUGAUUCAGCUCCAGAAAGCAACAACCGUCAACAAAGUCCGUCUCAGGAAAAGAUUGACCAACUGGUGUACAUGGGCUUCGAUGCAGUCGCGGCCAAGGCAGCCCUGAGGGUGUUCAGGGGUAACGUCCAGCUGGCGGCGCAGACCCUGGUACACAAUGGAGGAAGACUUCCUCCCGACCUGCAGCUCUCGGCAGAAGACUCUUCGUCCACACCGUCCACAUCCCCGUCCGACUCUGCAGGCACCUCUAGUGCCUCAACAGACGAAGACAUGGAGACAGAGGCUGUCAAUGAGGUCCUGGAAGACAUCCCAGAACACGAAGAAGACUACCUUGACUCAACUCUGGAAGACGAAGAGAUUAUUAUUGCAGAGUACUUAUCCUAUGUAGAGAACAUAAAGUCGGCAGCCAAGGAAAACUAAGCGACGAACAGAAAUAACUGUUAAGUUUCUGCUUAUAAAUAUUCUGUCGUUUUCAAGGUGUAAUGCAGGCCUUCUUCUUCUUCUUCUUUUUACUGAUUUUGCUGCAAAGUGCUGCUUCCUCGAGGGUAGGAGGGGUGGGCAGG